UUGGAUCGGAUGCGCGCCUUUCAAAACAACGCUGUGAUUUCACGGGCCGCCUGGUGACAGUCCGGCUCGCGGAUUGGCUGGAGAAAGAGCAAACGAAAGUAACUUCGAAGACGCUGAGUCAACUCUCCUGGUCCACCAUGUCGACCUUCUGGCUCCUGCUGGUUUUCGUCCAGCAGGUGUUGAGUUCAGGUGCAGGACGACACUCGCUGUGGCUCUUAGCCACCCACGGUCAGGGCCCUCACAGUUGCCAGAGUUCAGCGGGGUGCUGAUGCUGGAUGACCUUCAGGUGGGAUACUACGACUCAACGCUGGAGCAACUAGUGAGCAACAGCCGGGAGAUGGUUCCACUUGACCUGGGUCAAAACACUGUGCGGGUUCUUCAUCACAUUCAGAGGAGCACGAAGAACCGUGUGACAUUCUUCAAGCAGCGUUAUAACCUGUCCGAGGGGAUCCAUGUAGAGCAGAGACUCGCAGGCUGUGAGAUCCAGGAUGGACAACGAACAUUCAUCCUGUCACGUGACAGUUUUGAUGGUCAAGAUGUAGACAGCCUGAUGUACAACACGACCCACUUCUCCUAUACAGUCAGUGGCUACAUAGUGAGCCGUUGGGAUGCAUUGAAGUGGCACUAUGUCCAAACCCUCUAUCAAGAGUUGUACCUUCUGACAUGCACUGCAGUCUUAAAGCAGCUGAUGGACCAGAAGAAGGGCCUGGUGACUCGUCGAGUCCGACCUCGAUUCCGCAUCUUCUCCAGGCAGGUGAAGGGCGGAGCUCUGCUCACCUGUCUGGCCACAGACUUCUACCCUCGCCACAUCAACCUAACCCUGUUCCGGAACGGACAGGUGGUGGAGGAGGAUCAGCUGAGCGCUGGCCCGGUGCUGCCUAACGCCAACGGCCUCUACCAGAUGAGGAAGACGCUGGUGCUGACGGAGGAAGAGCUUCUGCAGAAGCACAACUACACCUGCGUCGCUGCUCACCUGAGCGUGGACAACCGGCUGCAGGUGAGCUGGAGGGCCGAGUCCUACCACUCACACCGGGCCCACUUUGUGUCACCGCUCGUCGUGGUUGCCACGAUUCUGCUGCUGAUCCUGAUCCUGGUCCUGGUAAAGUGCCGGAAAACUCAGGACACAAAAGUUCACACAGACUCACUGGAGGCGGAGAGCGUCUCCAUGGUGACUCAUUCUGACUCUUCCACUGACCAGCCACUAGAGGACGCACCACGAUGAGGUACCUCAGAGUCGUGGCUCAUUGGGUCUGUGGUCAACGAAAGAAACUGAGCAGAUGCUGGACAAGAGCUAUUGGUGUGUAAACAAGUGGAGUUUAUUUCUCCGACAAACACGUCGUAUAAAAGCAGGUAGAAACUUUAAAACAACUUCAGGGUAAAACUGGUUCAAACUUGUACGUCAGUAAACUGCCUCGUCCAUGUUGUCGUCACUUUCUGCUCCAAACUCCUCUCCAUUGUCGAAGUAAGACAUGAUGUAGUCUGUCUCCUGCACACACACACAGGCUCAGAACCUCCUUCACAUCAUGUGACACAAGCAGGAGUCUCACCUCUUCAAACUCUUCCUCGUCAUACUCCUCCUCAGCCUCCGCUCCCUCCUCCUCCUGCUUCUUUCCCUCUUCGUUGCCGUCCGCCUCGUCCUCGUCGCUCUGCUGCUCUUCUUUCUUCUCCAGUGUCUUUACCAGGAGAAACACAAGCCAUCAGGCCCACAAGCUCACAGGGAGUGGCUGCCAGCUGCGCUCACCUCCAGCUGGAGGAGAACGU